CCGGUGGCCAAGAAGAUCACCAGCCUCAUCGCCGAGAUGAUCGCGCUCGACCUGCAGCCGUACUCGCUGGUCAGCAACGUGGGCUUCACGCGGCUGCUGGGCUACCUGAAGCCGCAGUACUCGCUGCCUCCCCCCUCCUACUUCUCGCGCACGGCCAUCCCGGGCAUGUACGACUCGGUGCGGCAGACCGUGCUGGCCCAGCUGAAGGAGGCCGAGAGCGGCGUGGUGCACUUCACCUCGGGCAUCUGGAUGAGCACGCAGACCCGCGAGUACCUGACGCUCACCGCCCACUGGGUCACCUUCGCGCCGCCGGCCCGGCCCCGCGGGCCGCGGGGCCACUGCUCCGCCCUCCUGGACGUGUCCCAGGUCGACUGCGACUACGGCGGCGGCAGCAUCCAGAAGCAGCUGGAGGGCUGGUGGGAGGCCUGGGUGACGUCCACGGGGCUGCAGGUGGGCAUCACGGUGACCGACAACCCGAGCAUCGGGAAGACGCUGAGCGAGGGUGCGCGGGCCAGCGUGCAGUGCUUCAGCCACACCGUGGGCCUCAUCGUGGGCGAGGCCAUCCGGGGCCAGCGCAUGGUGCAGAACCUGCUCAGCGCCGCGCGCAAGAUCGGCGAGCGCUGGGCCACGUCGCUGCUGAUGCUGGAGCGGCUCCUGGAGCAGCGGCGGGCGGUCAGCCAGCUGGCGCUCGAGUGCCACUUCCGCGAGCUGGUCAGCUGCGACCAGUGGGAGGUGAUGCGGUCCGUGUGCCUCGCCCUGCGGCCCUUCGACGCCGCCAGCCGGGAGAUGAGCGCCCCCGGCUCCACGCUCGGCCAGGUCAUCCCCAUGAUCCACAUCCUCAGCAGGAAGGUGGAGCUGCUGUUCGCCGAGACCAUGGGCAUCGACACCAUGCUCAAGUCGCUCAAGGAGGCCGUGGUGAGCCGGCUGGCCGCCGCCCUGCACGACCCCAGGUACAUCUUCGCCACGCUGCUGGACCCGCGCUACAAGGCCUCGCUGUUCUCCGAGGAGGAGGCGGAGCAGUACAAGCAGGACCUCAUCAGGGAACUCGAAAUGCUGAAUUCUACCUCAGACGACGCGCCUGCGGCCGGCGGCCCCCCGCAGGGCCCCGGCGGGGAGCCCAGCCUGUGGUCGCUCAUGGCCCAGAUGAAGAAGACGGGCCCCCGGGAGAAGGCCUGGCGGCCCGAGGACGUGGUGCUGGCCUACCUGGAGGAGGAGGUGCUGGAGCACGGCUGCGACCCGCUCACCUACUGGAACCUCAAGAAGGCGGCCUGGCCGGGCCUCUCGGCGCUGGCCGUCAGGUUCCUGGGCUGCCCGCCCAGCAUCGUGCCCUCGGAGCGGCUCUUCAGCUCGCCCACCGAGGGCGGCGGCGGCGGGCAGUGCCGGCUGCUGGCCGAGCACUUCGAGAAGCUCGUCUUCCUGAAGGUGAACCUGCCCUCCGUCUACUUCCAGUACUGAGGCCCCGCGCCCGCG